AUUCCCUCAACAUUCUCCACCGACCAAGCUUUCCUCGACGCAUGACUCUUGCGAUGCCUCUGUGGUUGUGCGACUUUGAAAAGUGUUCAAAUCCGGCUGUGCAAAGAGAAGGAGACUGUUUGUGUUGCGACAAACACCUUUGCAGCAAACAUCUUUCAGAACCGUUCCAUAAAUGCCCAAAUCCAGAGAAAAACUGGUCAUCUUUCUCUGCCCAAUACGCGACCACUGAAGCCCGUCACAUAGACGAGCUAUGUCAUCGAAUAGACAGCUCUAAGUUAUGUUCGAGGGCAUCAGAACUAAGGGACGGCAUCCAAUGUACCGUUAACCUGUCACGCAAACACCUGUCUUCCAUGAUGGGACACCAAAAUUGUCACGCCGAAGUUAUUUUUGAAGAUGGAAUUAUAUGGCUGGCACGUCUUCGUCUCACCAGGACCACCUCACCACCGGAAGAAGUCCGUGAUUUCAUUCUCCGAUCCGAAGCGGGCACUCUUACCUAUCUGCGUGACCGCACCAGCAUCCCUGUCCCCAAAAUCUUCGACUGGGCCUGCGGGUCCGAUCCGGGAAACCGAAUUGGAGUAAGCUAUAUUCUAAUGGAGAAGCUUGACGGAAUGCCCUUAGACUGGCAAGCGGCAAAUCCAACACAGAGAGAGAAAGUCAUGCAACAGCUAGUGGAUGUGUUUCUGGAAAUUGAAAAACAUCCUUUUGAAACUUUGGGGUCACUCACUGUUUCAGGCCCCGCCAAGUUUGUGGUGCAAGGCCUCGCACAGCACGCAACAUACAGGAUGGGGGCUAAAGGGCCGCUUGGUCCUUUCACUUCUUCGCUAGAAGGGUCAGUUCACAUAGUCAAGUCAUAUCUCGCGAUGAUAGCCAGCGGCGAGAUUGGUGCCCACUAUUCGGUAGACACUUACCUCGCGCAUCGUUUCCGUCUGGAUAUUGCCAAAACUCUUUGGGGUGACGAGCCAGCAGAGGAGCAAUUUUUUCUUAAGCAUCCGGAUGACAAGGGCGACCACAUUCUCGUCAAUGAAUCUUACGAUAUCGUUGGAAUUAUAGACUGGGAGUGGACCCGGACUGCUACCAAGGUGGAGGCUUUCAGCUCGCCUUGUAUGAUGUGGCCGUUGGGGAAGUUCUAUGAAGGCUCCAAUGAGUUGGCCCCAGAGGAAAUGAGGCUAGCGGAAAUCUUCCAGGAGAGGGGUCGUGAAGAUCUGUCCAACUAUGUCCUUCUUGGGAGAAAGGUUCAGAGAUUCUUUUUCGCUCUAGGUCCUGAAAGUUCUUCAGACCGACAAACCUUUUUAGAUCUCUUCGUGGGACUCAAAAUGGCCUUCGGCUUCGAAGGAGAACCUUGGGAAGGGUGGGAGAAGUGGAAAGGCAAAGCCCUGCUCAAGUGGGAAAACGACAAAUUGCUUCAGGGUCUGCUUCGGCUUCAACUCAAUAAAUAAAUAUCGCCUAGAAAUACUCUUCCUAAUAUGGGUCUUAUCGGUUGGAGGCUCCACUUCGUGGCGUCUCUAACUGGAAUCAGCCACACGAAGCUGUCCCAGCUUCACGACAGAAGACUAGUAAAACGAGUCUGGAGGUUUGUGUCAC